GCCGCAGAUUCAAAUACGACACCGCCGUAAAAAAUGCAGGUGUCUGGGUAAUCGAUGAAUUGGCGCGCGCGGAAUCUACUGCUGUUUUCAGUGUUGCAAAAAACAGUCAUGAACGCCUAUCGGACUUCAAUGGUGUUUGACCAAAUGAGUGGUGCAAAACCUGAAUAAGUUUGCAAGAUACAGUGCGUCAACUUGUUUGGAACCGGGGAAAUUUUUGUGCUUAAAGUGAGAUGUCAGUGUAUUCUAUGACUUACUUUUGCGAAAAAUUUAUUAGCCUGGAAAAUAGGAUUCUAUUAUUAGAACGCAUUUGAAACUCAAUUUAAGUGCGUAUAUAUUUAGGGUUUGGUUAUUUGUUACGACAGUUUUGUUAGUGGUGUGGGUAGCUGGUGACUAUAUCCUGAAGAAUAUAAAAGCGCAUCUGAAAGGGGCAUGGACGACUGGAGGACUUCCCUGAUCCUAUCCGAUCUUCAAGCUGCCUGUAACGCUCUUGGCGGGUGGGACGAAGGCGUGUAUGUAAAAGAAAAUGAUUGUGUCGAAAGUUUGAAGGAUUUGUUGCGGUAUCUGCGUCGUGAUGACGAAUCGUUCGCAAUUCGUCGUGCGCUGGGUCAGAUCAAUGUGAUUAAAACCGAUCUUAUUCCACUAUUGCGAUUUCACCACAAAGACGCGGAGCUCUUCGAUAUCACCACGAAGCUCGUCGUCAACCUCAGUACACCGGUUGUACUUCUCUAUAAGGAAGAGCUUCCCAUUGAAAAAAAUGCUCGAAAUAUCUACAUGACAUUGGAGGCAGCACUCUGUGCCUAUAAAGACGCGUUUUUAGAGAAAGAAGUAUGGUCAGCCUUAGCCGAGAAACUGGAGCAGCUAAUAAGCCUCAAUCAGCAUGAGCGAACUGAAGAUGACACGGACAUAAUAACUCGCAUUUUGACCAUUUUGCGAAAUGUUCUUCAUCCAAUCCACCGGGACGAGUUCAACUUUAAAACUGAUGGAGAUGUUUCUAGCCACGAUCGACUGCUUUGGGCACUGCAUCUUUCUGGUAUGGAUGAUCUCCUUAUCUACAUGUGCGCUGCACAGAUAGAGCAGUCGCACACACUGUACCUCAUAGAGAUCCUUCGCCUGAUGCUUCGCGAGCAAGAUGCCGCAUUUCUAGCCUCUACAGGAGAGCAGCGGCCUCGGGGAGAAGUUCAGAAAAAUGGCGAAGAAUUAAUGAAACUAUGCGAAAUCGAGCGAAGGAAAAAAAAAUUGGACCUUAAAGGUGUCAUACACAAUCGUUUCGCUCGCUUCAGCUCUACCUAUCAGGCACGCAAUAUAAAGUCCCUCGGCGAUGAGACUAGAGAUUUAAUCGUAGUUGGCGACCCGGCUAAAGUACUUCAAUCAAUAAAUAAUAUGGACUUCGACCAGAAAAAAAAGUUUCGCGCUAGAGCAAAAAAUCGUCGCCCCGAGGAAUGUGCUUCACUUAAACGGCAUACAACGCUAAACAUCCGCAUCUUUUUAAAAGAGUUUUGCUCGGAUCUACUUAGUUCAUCGUUCAAUGCUCUGCUCCCUCAGGUGCGAAAGGCCAUGACGAAUGCUGGAGACACUGGAGAUGAAGGCCACUACUUUUGGUUAUUGGAUUUCUUUCUUAAGUUUAACCGACUCACUGGAUUCGACAUUGCCCUAGUUUCCGAAGCAAUUUCUAAAGAGACCUUUCAUUUUGUGCAAACUCAAAUGGAAAAAUGUCACGAGAUGAUGACCACCGACAAAAGGAGAAUUCAUUUGUGGAUGAGAAGGCUUCACGUCAAUUUAAAGACCUUUUACCAGCUGCUAAUGACAGUUCAUGCUAUGAAUCGUCACAGCGAUUCUCAAGUCCAGGAAGCUGCCAAAGUAUUGCAGCAGCACUUGUUUUAUCUUCCAGAGUACCGAGAUAUAGCUCUACAUCUGUUACUCAACUUUAAUGAGAGUGUAGCUCCGAUAAGCUUCCUGCGUGAUUUGGCUGUAACGGUACACAUUUACUUACGUAUGCUUCAGAUGUAUUGUGAUGGAGGUAAAUUAAAAGUUCAGAAUAUCAAGAAGAAAAAAUCGAAGCCGAAACUCCCGACAUUCGCUGACUUCACUGAGGAAGAACUCGACCAAAAGUGGCUAGAUCUAUCCCGGAAACUGACAACCCUAUUGGAUGUUAAAGAUUCUAUAUUUGAUUACGAUAUCCAUGCGCUUCUUGAAGGAUUUCAUCAAGAUGAAAAAACGUUUCAUAUUCACGUGUGCAAACAUAAAAUCGUGGACCUAUUGCGACUAGGAGAUGCAUCUCAAGCUAUUGGGUUGCUUAGAGCAUCGAGAGCUCACUUUCUAGAAGAAAAGUGCUUUGGCAAUGUAUCAAUGUCUAUUGAAGCCGAAUUUAUGCUUUUGAAAAGCUUAUUCUAUGCCGAGAACUUUGUAAACAUCAAUCUAAACGAUGAGUUUAACGAUGAGAAUGAUGAGAUAGACCGUAUGCGUGAUUUCGACUUUGAGGACUUUCUUAAACGCUUUGCUAAUCCUAAGGUAAUAAAGGUGUAUGGCUUACUACUUUCGCACUACUCCGCAAAUUCAACUGAGGUGAACAAAGUGUGCGUAAAAAUGCUGCACCGGAUUGCCUUCGACCUAAAGAUGUCAGCCAUGCUCUUCCAAGCGCAUAUUUUCGUCGUUUUCGAUAAGAUCCUUGAGGAUUAUUCAAUAAUACCAGAGGUUAAUGAUCUUAAAGAAUUAGCUCGGUUCGCUAAAUAUAUUGUGCAACAGUUUGUAGAGGUUGCUAAAAUUAAUGACCUAGCAUUAGUUGAACUGCUGUUCUGGAAAACUUCUGUGGAGGCAUACCAAGUUCAAUACGGGUACAACGAAACAGAAAAACCCAAAACGCGUCCGUGGACAGAGGAAGAGGAGCUGGAGCUGAAACGUCUUUAUGAGGAAAGCAACGGUAAUAUAGAGCCUGGCCAAGAUAUUAUUGAAGUCAUUCAAAAACAGUUUUCCAACCAGAUGCGUACUAGAAGACAGAUUAUUAUGCACCUUCGUAUCUUGGGUCUUGUUGAAAAGGGUACGCGCUUCAAAUCAUCAGGCACCUCAUCUGUUCAGCCCUGGAGUGGUGAGGAAGAACAGGAAUUGCAAGAACUUUAUCACAAUUUUGCGACUUCAAUUGAUCCUCUUUCUCAAAUAAUGCUAAACAUGACAGUUAAGAGGCCGAAGUUUAGGGUCAUCGAAAAACUUCUUGAACUCGGUAUUAUACACGACCGAGCUGAAGUUCGCAAAAGACGCGUACGAAAGAACGGAGAGGUGAUAAUGCCACGCUCUAUCAGGAAUGAGCAUGAAAGCGAGGAAAGAAACCCUGAAUCUAUAAGCAAAGAAUCGAUUAGUUCCUCUGAUAACUUGAGUUCAGAGGAUGAAGCUGGAGAUAUGUACGCAGGAACGAUUGCUGAAGUGGUGCAGGAAAAUACUGAGUGCCUUCAGACUGUGAAGGGCAACCGUAAGGCCGACGGCGAGAGUAGUAGUAGACCCCGGAGAAGACACAAAGUUCUAAAACAACCAAGAAGUAUGACACGCAAAAUUGAGAAAGUUGUAAAUAUAAAAGAGCUAAAGGACCUCCUAAGUAAGAUGGUUCAGCAAAGACGAGCUGCAAUCGACUGGGUCUUAGAAUCCAUACAGGGCGCUCUAGAAGAAUGGAAAGACAUAGGGAAUGAAGCUGUGCCAUUGGUGCCACUUGCCGAAGCAGAGCAUGAAAGCCUUGAGGACGAAGAAUUCUGCAAGCUUUUGUCGACUUUUGGGCUCGUUCCGCCGCAGGAGGGUUUCGAGCAAUAUUGGCGAAUAGGAGGAGAAUUCAGCCGAAGUAUGCUCCUGUCAAGGCUUGAAGUCCUUAAGAAAGCUACGCAAGGUUAUUUUGAAGAUGGCAUUCUUGUCACUACUGAUGAAGAAGUUCCUGAAGAAAUUCUUUCUGGACGAAGCUCUGAAGAUUCAAGUAGGUCAAAGGAUGGUAGUGAAGACGACACCGGAAACAGUGUUUCUUGCAUCAAAGAUGUACAACGAUCAUAUGAACAAGUAAGAGAAGCCAAAACGUACAAUAGGAAAAAAAACAUGAGGCCAACAGCCGCAGAAAAAAAAACUGUCAAGGAUUUGCAUUCAAUAGAGUUUAUGCAAGAUUCUAACGAUCAAAAUACUGACACAGGCCGCCAAUCGUUUAGCAAACUAAAGGAAAAGCUACUUGACAAUAACAAAAAAGAGUUAUUGACUGCCAGCGAGGACUCUUCCACAGCAUCCGUGUCGGAUUCUGGAAACGGCAUUCGAAACAACCAGGGGACUAAACGCAACUUCUCGAGUCAAAAUUUUAGUCCUCAAAAAAGUGGCAAAAAACGACGGGUAGCAAUUGUAAGUGAUAGUGAACCUGAAGACAUAGGAGAGGAGAGUGAGUCCAAACAAAAGCCCUCUCCUGUACAUGAAAGUGGUAAUCGUAAGCGUCAAUCCUCACGGAAAAUUAAAAAAAAAGUAGCAAUCCUUGAAAGCGAUGAAGAUGAUAAUUAGCUAACAACAAAUUUACGCUUAAACAUAACCAUCGAAGCCUCUAAUCACUUGUACAGUCAACAUGUUCCAGGUCAAC